UAAGUCACCAGAGUCUGCAUCAGUGAACGUUUGGCUUAACAUUUAAGCACCAGACGCACACACAGUCCCCGGGCUUUGUACCCGGCGGUUGACUGUCCAGCUGUGGCACUCGACGGACGCCGUUCAUCAUUCGUAACAGAGCUAUGAGUUCGGAUAAAAUCAAUAAUUGCAAGUCUAAAAUAUAUAUCAACAUUUAUCUUCUCUAACUACAUUAGACUGGACGAUUUAUAUACUUAGCUAGAUAUUCUAGCUAGAGGAAUGUUUGAAGAAUGGUUAAAUCGAUGUCGUCAAUCACGCCAACUUGUUUUAGUUAUAGUAGCUAUUGCUUUACUCCUGGAUAAUAUGCUUCUCACUACAGUAGUCCCUAUUAUGCCAGAGUUUCUUUACGAUAUCCAACAUCCCGAUCAGCCACUUAGCGUAACUAUACCCCCCGUACCAUCCAACAAAUUGCCUGUUCCCCAUGGAGAUAUGUCAGGCCCUCCUGUACGUAUGUCGCAUGUUUUAGGAAAUAAAUCAGUCUGGUUAGAAAAAGAAGCAACGCUCAGAAAAGAAAGGCAUGACGAUUUAGUUCAUGAGACAGUUGCCGUAGGAAUUAUGUUUGCUUCCAAGGCUGUAGUACAACUUAUGGUUAAUCCAAUCGUUGGACCUCUUACACACAGAAUUGGCUAUAGUAUACCAAUGUUUGCUGGAUUUUUCAUAAUGUUCAUAUCCACUUUAAUUUUUGCUUUUGGGCGUAGUUAUUCAGUAUUGUUUUUAGCAAGAGCACUGCAAGGAGUCGGAUCAUCUUGCUCUUCGGUUUCUGGGAUGGGUAUGUUAGCUGAACGUUAUCCAGACGAUCAAGAAAGAGGAAAUGCAAUGGGUAUCGCAUUGGGCGGAUUAGCACUUGGCGUAUUGAUUGGACCACCAUUUGGCGGAUUUAUGUAUGAAUAUGUAGGAAAAACCGCACCAUUUUUAAUACUGUCAGCUUUAGCCCUCGGAGAUGGAUUAUUACAACUUUUGCUUCUUCAACCCGGAAUAGUAAAAACAGAAGGGGAACCACCUUCGUUAAAAUCUUUAAUAAUGGAUCCUUAUAUUAUUAUUGCAGCUGGUGCUAUAACAUUUGCAAACACUGGUAUUUCUAUGCUUGAACCAUCCUUACCGAUAUGGAUGAUGGAUACCAUGGGAGCUGGGAGAUUGAAACAGGGAGUAACUUUUUUACCAGCAAGUAUAUCUUACUUAAUAGGAACAAACUUAUUUGGACCACUUGGGCACCGUAUGGGAAGAUGGCUGGCGGCGAUGAUAGGAUUAAUAGUUAUUGGGAUUUGCUUAAUGAUUAUUCCAACUGCUAGAGCACUUAACGACUUGAUUGUACCUAAUGCCGGGUUAGGAUUUGCUAUUGGGAUGGUGGAUUCUUCUAUGAUGCCCGAACUUGGAUACUUGGUCGAUAUUCGUCACACAGCAGUUUAUGGAAGUGUUUAUGCAAUUGGUGAUGUGGCUUUCUGUUUGGGAUUCGCAAUAGGUCCUGCUUUAAGUGGAACGUUAGUGAACACAAUCGGGUUUGAAUGGAUGUUGUUUGGCAUUGCUAUCAUCAAUUUUAUGUAUGCACCAUUACUCUACAUAUUACGCAGUCCGCCGACAAAAGAGGAGAAAAAAUCUUUGGUUACCGGCGAAAAAUCUUCGGUGCGAUAUAUAACCUAUCAGAAUGAAAUGGAAGACGAAUAAAUAAUUUGCUUCGUGAUUUAAUUAACGCUUGAUACAUUGCGCUUCAUUUUGUUCAAUCAAAAAUGAUACACCAGAUAUGAAUUUUUUAAUAUGCAAAAAAUGCAAGAAGACCGAAAGUAAAUCAGCUUAACAGUAAUACUCACGUCAACCUGUACAAAACGUUAGCUUAAUUCUAUAAUUUUACAUUUUUCUCUCUAAAUAACAUUAAUAUGUAUAUUCAGUUAGAAUUGAAAAUGAUUAAUUAAAACUAUGGCCUAUGAAAAUUUAAUGUUUUGCUAAUGUGCAAUUUAAUGGUUGUCCAAUUUUAAGCCAAUUAAGAGAAAAAUUAUUUCAAUUUACGCGAGAAUAAUAUUAUGUUAAAAUAUAAUAUAUAAACUGUUAUAUUAUAUACUACUCUAUAAUACUUAUGUUAUUGUUAACGACGAAAUAUUUACAAUCAUUAUUGCGAUAAUAAAUUAAACGUGGUUUGAAUUAUAAUAAUGUUUUUCUAUCAUAUACUAUUAUUAAUUGUAUUGUACUAAGUUAUAAUAUGUAUACGUAUUUUAUUGCUCAUCAUUCAUAACAUCUUUGAGCGCAGGACAUUUUGUUGACUAAGACUGUUUUAUAAAAAAAAUAUAUUUAUAUUCAUACCUAUAUAUUAAUUAUUAUAUUAAUCAUGUUUUCUUUAUAUAAUAAAG